AAACAAGCAAACAUAGAACGUUUCCAAGUUAAUGAAUGGAAAAAGAUGAAAUGUGGAAGUAAUCUUUAUCAAUUCUACUCUUUACAUCUCUGAGUCGUCUUUGUUUUGUAUUCCAUUCAGAUUCUAUGCAUGUACUAUGUAUAAUGUACUACAGCCUUGACUUACCGAGUCCGAUAUAUAUAGAUAAGCAUUUCUGCGACCCAUUAAUCACACGCCAAUGUCAACAUGAAGUGUGCUUUUUGUAUAGCCGUGUUCCUCUUGUCUGUGCAUGCUGUAUCUGGCACCCCUUCCACUCCAGUUUAUCCAGUCACGGCCGCGUUGUUUGAGGACAGAUUCUCCCUUUCCGAAUGGAAUAACACUAUAGACCUUUUCAAGGAAAUUGGGGGAGAUACGAUUUGGAAGAAAGCACCACGGAUGGUCCGCCGCUCGAUAAAGGACUUGCAGCACGAUCCUGUGUUCAAGAACUGUGCGGAUAACGGAAAAGAUUGUUUCACGCAGGCGCAACAAGAACUAACAAGCAAGGGUCUGAAGAUUUUGUCUUUUGCAAGUUACCAGAACGAAGAGGCUUACGUAGGCGCAUUACGAUGCCCGCAGUAUGACAAAACGAUAAAUACAACUGGUCAUACUUUCUUCAGAGUGGUGUUACCUGCAGACAAAGAAAGCUUCCUUUGCAACAUGUCUCGGGGAGAAAAUGUAGUCGUCCUAUUCACUUCUUUGUCGGGACCCGAUCCAAAUAAACUUUUACUGGAGAGUGCUGCUCUACGGAACGUCUCUGUGUAUUUUGGGAUACCUCGCAUGCCUAGGGUGUCUGAUGAAAAGGUCGACACUGAAUUAAUAAAGGCAUAUUAUGGAUGGGUCGGUAGAGUCCUAAUGGAUCAUAAAAGUAGAUACGGUUCUAUGAGCUUUCGAGAUUACACUACCACCAUCCAACAUGGAAGACCUACAGCGAAAGAAAUUCUUUACAAUUCAGUUGCGGGAUACUAUAUUUCUGAUGAGGUUAGUCUUGGAAACCCAAAUAGGACAAAAAGCAUCCUUUCUGCAUACAACGAAUUGUCUUCAUUGAUCAGAAACGUUGUCAAAAAGAAAACAGCAAUCGCUCCAUCUGUGGACUUGACGAAAUUUGGAUCAAACAAAACCAUAGACGACCAUGUACAAGGCCUAAGACUUCUUGCAAAGACUUCCGUCAAUGUAAUUGCUGUUAACGAAGGACGGGGUUACGGAAAGGCCCCGUACUACUGGCCGACACAAGAAGAACUACCCGUGUCUCAGAUCGAUCCCAUAUUAAACAGAAUCUUGAUUCGAAUAAACCCAAAAUGGAAGGACAAUGGCACAUUUCGAGAUGGGUUUACGGGAAGUGUUCACGAGCUGUUUCGCGCCCUAGGGAACGAGACAUCAGUCCUCAACCAAAAGGACCCAAAAUUUGAACUCUGGUUGGGUUUGGAUGCUUUUGACGACAUUGAUGAUGAUCCAUGUGUUUCCGAACAGAAAAAAUAUAACGCUAUGGACACAAUAGACAAGUCUAGAACGGACCUUGCACUAACACAUGCGGGGUUUACUGUGCAUAAAGUAGUGGCGUUUUCAUGGGACCCCUAUUUCACUUGCACCACGAGAAAAUCUAACAAUUCUCUGGCAGAAGCUAUCCAGAAUGACCAUGGUCGUCCGAUAAUGGUGGACUGUCGCUUCCACUCGUCCUUUAACCGUUCUGUAGUCAUACUUGGGAUCAACCUCUUGGCUUUGCAACAGGGCUUCAAUAUUGAUUGGCCAGACAGGGAUGGAAACCGCCACUCCUCUAACGUGUAUGGUUACUACUUUGAAUCGGAUUACGGACUGGAGCACGGGCUGAUCCCCACCAUGAUAUACACACAGACGUAUGACCCCUACAACGUCAUUGACCUUGCAGACAAAGGUCAUGUUGUUGUAAAGGCUGGAGGAGCACACAAUAAUUGCAUAUUCGAGUUCGAUUUCACACAGUAGUCUAUAAAUACAGAUCCGGAUUACUAAA